GAUAUAAGAUCUUUUCAUGAAACCCUCCCAACUGUUCAAAUUAUUUAGAUGAACUAGUUUAGCAAGUCUCCAUUUCACAUUUUCAUUACAAAACAUGAUCGACCUGACCAAACUUGAGAGCUUGGUAAGGUUUUAUUAUUAUUAUUAUUAUUAUUAUUAUUAUUAUUAUUAUUAUUAUUAAAUAUGAAUAAGAAAUGGAGUCAUUAAAACACAUAAAUCUUACUGUCCACUUUUGUUGUUGAUAAGAGUGCUCUGCCGCAAAUCUCCAAUUCAACAAAUCCCCUGGUUGCCUGUUACUCACUCUCUUCUCCCUUCUACCAUUAAACUCGUCAAUUUCUAAUCUCCUUUUGUACCACUAACUCUUUAGCUCUUGCCCAUUACACUAUAGUUACAGAACGUUACACAUAGAUAUGAUAGAUCUGUACACAAAUCAUGGUGAUGACGCUGGAGAUCAAGCUGCUGCAGAAGGACUGCUGAUCCUUCCAGAAGCAGAGGUUCAUGAUCUAGUGGAGGAAGAAGAUGACAGGAAUAUGAUCAAGAGGCAGAUUUCAAGCCACCCACUCUACCCAAGCUUAGUUUCUGCUCACAUCGACUGCCAGAAAGUGGGUGCCCCUCCUGAAGUUGUCUCUCUUCUUGAAGAGAUCAUGGAUAUGAGAUCAUCAUCUUCAUCAACAGCAGCACACAACUCAUCAUCUUGCAGCAACAAUGUUGAUCACCACAUCAUGAUGAUCAAUGAUCAAACGAUCGGAGGAGCUCCUGACCGCGAUCCUGAACUCGAUCGCUUCAUGGAGUCAUAUUGUGAACUACUUCAUAGUUACAAGGAGGAAUUGAGCAAGCCAUUUCAAGAGGCAGCAAGCUUCUUGACCACCAUGGAAUCCCAACUCACCAAUCUUUGCAAACUCACUUCCAAAGCCUUGGCUGCUGCAGUCUCCUCCUCCUCCUCCCAACCAGCUGCAAAUGAUCAUGAUCAAGAUCAAGAUCAAGGGCAAGAGGAGCACGCAGAGAGCAGCCAUAAUUACUACGAGGAACAACAACCAUUAGGCGGCAGCAGCAGCCGGCGAGAGCUGAAGGAAAUGCUGCAAAGGAAGUACAGCGGCUACUUGAGCAAUCUGAGGAAAGAGUUCAUGAAGAAGAGAAAGCCAGGCAAGCUCCCCAAGGAUGCCACGGCUGCACUCUUGGAAUGGUGGACUCACCACCGCAGAUGGCCAUAUCCCACCGAAGAAGAGAAAGAGAAGUUGUCAGAGACGACGGGAUUGGACCAGAAGCAGAUCAACAACUGGUUCAUAAACCAGCGGAAGCGCCAUUGGAGGCCAUCCCAGGAUUCGAGCUCCAGGGUUGCUCUCGUCCAACAACACCCGAGGUGAAGGAAAUGGACCUUCAACCUUCACUGCAACGUUGGGCCCUGGCCCAAUAUUGUUCGAAGACUAUGUCCAGCUGCAGGCCCAUCUGUCAAUGUCUUUCUAAGCCUCGUCUUGUUGUGAAUGAAAGAUGAAAUGCGUCGCAUCCAUUUACAAAAAAAAUAUAUAUAUAUAAAAAAAGAUUGGGUACUAAAAAUAAAGUAAUUGAUUAGGGUAAAUUGCAAGUGUGGUCACUGGGUUUACAAAAAAAGUUCACGUUUAGUCACUAAAAAUAUUUAAUUCCAUUUGUAGUCACUAAAAUUAGUUCAAUAAUUUGAAUUUGGUCACUCUCCGUCCAAGUCCGUUAACUUUAGCUGAUGUGGCGGUCAAUUUUAAUAAUUGACCGUCAAAUGAGUGACAUGUCAUUUAAAAAUAUAAAAUAAAUAAAAUGUAAUACUUUAC